AACGUUUCUCAAAAUUCUACAAUGACGCACCUGCGUCAAACGCUGAAAACAACCUAUAGCUCAAUGGAAACAACACAUACGCUGGAAACAUGGCAUAUAUUAAUCGGUGUUUGAUAAAUUAAUACGUCUGAUAAAUCUUUAAAUAUUAUUUCAAACUAAUUACGUUCUACGCGAACAUUUAGUUGACCAUUUUACUUUAUUUAUUUGGUUUACCUUAAAACAAAAGUGAAAGUAACUUCACUGUAAAACAGCCUAACAUUUUAACUGUCUCUAAAUUGUAUUCUUAUAUCUUCGACUUUGAUUUCGAGGGUGGUCAUUAAUUAAAUUAUGAAAUUAGGGGUCUAUUCUGUAUAUUUAUGAAAGGCCUGUAAUUACUGUUGACUAAAAAGCGACUGGAAAGAUGCUUGAAAUCCUGAUUUGGGGGUAUUUGAUUACAUGCGUUUCUGGGAAGGGAGGAGCAGACGUGGUGCUGUCCUGUUCUCUGGUGGAGGAGGGUAGUGGGAUGGGGGGAAUGGGAGGUGGGGCUCUCUUCAGCCGCACCCCAGCCACGCUUGUCCUCAGAGACCUGGCCGUGACCCCUGAUCUUUCACCUGAUACUCUGACCCCCUUCAACCCUCCCGCUGUCCCUGAUCCUGACAACAUCAUCUUGGAGGCUAAAGUUGAGUCUCCUGAGAUCCCAGAGGCAGACCUGCUGCUCCAUGCUGACUGUAACGAGCAGGAAGUGACAUGUGAGAUCAGCCGCUACUUCCCCCGUAAUGCCAAGGAGGGCUCCACAGAACCAGCCUAUUUCAUUGGCUCCUUGCAGAUAGAGGGGGGCGGGCUCAGCCUCACAUUGGUCCUGCAGACACUGCCACUGGACCAAUCAGAUCGUCUAGCUCUCAUGCAGAGCAAACUGGAACUCCCCCUCAGCCAAUCAGGAACUUUGCUGACUGAGGUGGUGUUCCUGGUGUUCUCUCGCUCGCAGUCCCAUUCCGCUCCUCUAGGGGGCGUGGCCCUCCUGGACUGUGGCUUCAGGCAGCAGGCCCCACCCCCAGGGCAGGAGCUGGGUCUUGAGUGGCGGCUGCAGCACAGAGGAAGUGGGAGGAAAGUGCUCGAGAUUAGGGCGGGGCAGACGGAGACAGAGGAGGGGCCAGCAGUACACGUGGAGAGGGAGGGUUCGAGUGUGGAUGCCGCCCUGCUGGUGGGGCAGGGUAAUGCGUCUCUGACUCUGGCCAGACUGAAGGUCUCUGACGAGGGGACCUACAUCUGCACCGUCAGCACUGGACUGUACCAGGCCCAGCAGGUCAUACAGCUACACGUCACACAACCUCCUCAUGUUUCUCUCUCUGAGGAGAAGCUGGUAUUUCGGGAUGAGUUGCCCCAGAAACUGAGCUGCCACUGCAAGAACUACUACCCUCUGGAUGUCCAGAUGGAGUGGUUCUCCGUCUCCUCUACAGACUCAGAGCCUAGCGUCCUAUCAGAGCAGGUGUCUCUCUCCAGCCAUCGGCAGCACAGUGACAGGACCAUGUCCAUCUCCUCCCACCUCACCCUGCACCCCUCCGCCUUCCCCCCUGGAACCACGGUCACCUGCAGAGUGACCCACCCAGCCCUGGAUACACCCCUCUCCCUCAGCCUGACAGUAGAGCCACCUGAGCCAGAUUCCUACUGGAUGGUCCUGGGUUUUCUGGUCAUCACCGUUCUGUUCUUCUACCAAGUGAUGAAAUAGGGUCGCAGAGACAUGGUAUCUGAAGCUGUUGAAAACCAAUGUCUUAAGGGUUGCUGUAAUGUCAAUUACUGUUGUACUAUAAACAGUUGUACAUUUUCUUCAAAUAAAUGUUUUCUUUAAUAGUA